AUGGUCGGAAGAUCUUUACAGCCAUACAAGGACCCGUUCAGGCCAAAGGAAGAGGGGGAGGAAACUCUGGGACCAGAGGUUCCUUACCUGAGUGCAGUUGGAGCACUCAUGUACCUCGCAAAUUGUACACGGCCAGACAUUGCGUUCGCCGUCAGUUUGCUUACUCGGUACAGUUCUGAACCUACCAAAAGACAUUGGAAAGGUGUCAAGGACGUCUUCCGUUACCUGCAAGGGACCAAAGAUCUUGGUCUAUUUUAUAAGAGGAAUCAAGGCCUAUCUAUUAUAGGCUAUGCCGAUGCUGGGUACCUGUCGGACCCGCAUGAUUGCAAAUCGCAGACUGGAUAUGUUUUCCUUUGUGGUGGAACUGCGUUUUCCUGGAAAUCGUCCAAGCGAACACUUGUGUCGACUUCCACGAACCACUCGGAAAUCAUGGCACUAUUCGAAGCGUCAAAAGAGAGUGUGUAUCGCUUCGGCGGAUGA